UGUCAGCUCUCAACGUUCCGAUUGUCAAAAAGAUAUUUCAGUCGAGUGUUUUAGUUUCGACCUCGGCCGAGAUGGAGACUCAUCUAACGGCUUUCUCAGCGGCAAGUUCGAAAUCAUGUCGCCUUUGAACGGUGGGUGGUGCAGCAGUAACGGUACAUCGCUCGACCUACGACCAAAUUACGAGUGCAGAAAAUAGUGUUCACGGAAUUAACAGACCUCGAAAAUCCAAGUGUAGGCGAAUAAAUAAACGAAAUUAUCGUCGAAAGCCAUCAAUAAAUCACUAAAUUAAUAGCCCUGCCGAGCACCCACGGCACACGCACAGCUGUUGUGUGUGCAAAGUGAGAAGAGGAAGCUGAAGGAAGUGAAAUUGGCGGCAGUUUGACCGCAACAGCAAUAAAAUACGUCUGCAACCCACAAACGCACGCUCACAUACACCCGUUCGUCAUCGAAUCGUCGUGGUCCUCCGCUCCCCAGUCUCCGCCUGCCCCUCUUCGGCCCACGAACCAUUGUGACAUUUGAUUUAUUUGACGUGUGUGUUUUUGAUAGAAGUUCAACACGAAACUGUCACACAAACACACGUAUGCUCGCCGAGGAAUUUAUUCAGUGAACGAAAAUAAAAUCAGAGCUCCGUUCGUACUUGGCCGCAGUGAAACGAAUCCGCCACCAUCGAUGACCAGGCGGACGAAAUUCGGAAGUAUCGCCAGGCAGUCCAGUCAUCAAACCCUUGGAGAGCGAGCCCGGAUACCCAGUUUUCCACAAAAUGAUGCUGCACGAGGCCGUCAUGCUGGAAAUCUAUCGCCAGGCGCUGAGUGCAAGUGAGUUAACUAGUCCGCGAUGUCAGUCUCGGGAGUCCAACACAUCAGCUGGAGCGGGAGCUGGAACGGGCGAUGUCCGAUGUCCAUCUAAUGAGUCGCAUUGUUCGGCGAGCGAUCGUCUGACCCCAGCUGCAACGCCCACUCUCACGCCCACUGGAGCAACCAUCUCCCCAAACUCGGUGGGACUUCCCCUGACGGCGACCCUUCCUCCUGCAGCUGCAGUUGCCCUGCUACCGCCCCAAUCCGCCGCCAUGGCCGCUUACCUAGCCGCUGCCCAACAAAAUCACCUUCUACUAACGAAUCCCCUGGCGGCAGCAGCUUCACUGGUCCAACAUGCAACGCAGCAGGCAGUGGUGGAAGGGGAGGUGGAGUCACCGGCCCUCGAUUUUAGCAGAAAGCGGCCUGCGAGCCACGGAGACGACGAUCAGGAAGAUGAUCAGGAACAGGACCAGGAACAGGAGCCCGAUCACGAUGUCCAGUGCGAUAAUGGUCCUUUAGAUCUAUCUGUAAGCACAGGGAUAAGGCAAGAAUCCGUUUCUCCGCCUGCCAGGAAGAUUCCAAGAAGUAUAUCCGCAGAUUACAAGUCACCUCUACCACCUGGCAGCUGGAUGCCCCCCAUCAACCCAUACUUGGCAGCUGUAGCGGCCAAAACGGGCGGAUUGGGAUAUUCUAAGUUGGCACCCAGUGACGCCAGCAAAGCGUUGGAGAAGAUGACUGAGAUAAGCCGAUUGGAAACACCCCCAACAGCUGGUCGAAACUUAGGCGCUACAUCAUCUCUAGGAGCUGGAGUGCCUGCGGGAGCGAGUUCCAAUUCCGGUGGCCGGCACAGCGCGUGGCAGUCUCAUUGGCUGAACAAAGGUGCUGAUACAGCAAAGGAUGUGUUUAAGUGUGUGUGGUGCAAGCAGAGCUUUUCAACUCUGGCUAACUUAACUGCCCACAUGAAGGAGACUCAGCAUUGCGGUGUGCAGAUACCCUCGCCGUUGCCAACCGGAGGAGUCGGCACUCCGACUGCUCCUCCUCCCACAAGGUUGGCCACUUCAGCUUCCAACUCGGCCUGUUCCAGCAGCAGUAGCUCCACCUCCAGCUCUUCAAACUCCUCGAAAUCAGAGUUAAAUAUGCUUAUUAAGGAAACUAUGCCCCUUCCCAGGAAAUUGGUGAGGGGUCAGGAUGUUUGGCUCGGAAAGGGUGCGGAGCAAACCCGCCAGAUACUUAAGUGCAUGUGGUGCGGACAAAGCUUCCGGUCUCUGGCCGAGAUGACCAGUCACAUGCAGGAGACGCAGCACUACACGAAUAUCAUCUCGCAGGAGCAGAUCAUUUCCUGGAAGUCUGGCGAUGAACGGGAGAGGCCGACAAACCCUGGAGUUCCGUCUACGUCCACCGCUGCUCCCCCUUCGCCGAGUUGCACAGCUCCAUCAGUGAGUGCAGUGCUUACGUGUAAAGUUUGUGAUCAGGCCUUCGGCAGCCUAAAGGAGUUAAGCACCCACAUGGCCCAAAAAUCGCACUACAAGGAGUCACCGGCUCCUUCAGCAUCUCCUCCAGCUGCCGGCACUGGCAGUCUGAAAAGGGGAAGGCAAAUUCGCAACGAGAAACGCAAGAAGUCUUUGCCGGUUAGGAAGCUUCUUGAGCUCGAGCGUUCUGGCUCGAAUUCCAGUCUGGACUCAGCGCUAAAGCCCCUGAGGGACUUUGCUGCUGCCACCAAAAUUACGUGUGAAAAGUGUGGCAGUAAGAUAGAAACUGCGUUGUUUGUAGAGCACAUUCGAAAGUGCCUAGGCGAGAGUAUUCCAAUCCCUCCCCGUCGAUCUAAGGCAGGAGUAGAUCGCCUGCCAAGUCCUAGUCUAGGACAAGGCGCUGAAAAGCCGCCAUCAGUCCUAAAUGCCCUGGAGCAACUUAUAGAGAAGAGCUUCGAAUCGAGAACUAGCAGAACCAUGACACUUGGUGGCUAUUCCGACGCUGGAACUCCGCUUGGAGCCAGCAUCCUAAAGCGUUUGGGAAUUGAGGACAGCAGUGACUACACCAAGCCUCUUAUGGAUGCCCAGGCGAUGCACCUGCUCCGAUCCUCCUUCGCCUCGAGAGACCGCAGUGCCAGCGAAUCGAGCUCAGCUAGUAGGGUGGAAUCAUCUUACACCCCAGACAGACAGCAGGCCACCCCCCGCAGAAGUCCAGAUACUCCUGCUCCGCCGCCUCCCCCACCACCAACCAUCAAAGCUGAGCCACCAGAGGCGGAACCCUUGGAGGGUUGCGAUCGGGAGGGCUGCAGUCCUCGGCAGCAGAUCCAAGUGAAAAAGGAGUUCAGCAUGGAAGCAAGUCGGGAUAGUCCUCGGUCUGUAAGCAAAUCACCUGCUCCGCAGACCGCAAGAUCUCCACCAGAUAAUGGCAGUCUUCUGGCCUUGAACUCCAUGUUCGAUCAGCUCAGCGGAGUGGAAAACAGCGGCAACAACCACUCGGGGCCCUGCUUUAACAACAACAGCAGCAGUAGCGCCUCCGUCCAGAAGCCAAAGGCCCAUCCCCUAGCUGCGCUGCAGAAACUGUGCGAGAAAGCGGAUCCCCCAAGCACUGGCCUCCGCAGCGCGUCCUCCACCGGAUCCUCCACAGCAUCAGCAACACUUCCCUCAGCGAACGGUAACGACCUGGUGGCCUUCAGCUGGGCCUGCAACGAGGCCGUUCUGAGUGCAAGUAAUGGUGGCUCCGGCGGCGAUUCGUCUAUCAUUAAGUGCUCCUACUGUGAUACCCCUUUUGCAUCGAAGGGCGCCUACCGCCACCAUCUCUCCAAGGUGCACUUUGUGAAAGACGCAGGCGAGGACUCGCCCCGGCUCAAGUCCCCCGCUGUUCAGAGCCCCAAGUCGAUGCCCUUGGCCUCCCCCAGGAGAUCAGCUUCCAGGAGUCCGGCGACAGGAUCUCAGCAGCCCCCUCCCUCGCCAACCAUUAGCCCCUAUGACGAGAGUCCGCAGUCAAAGUUCCUCAAAUACACGGAGCUGGCCAAACAGCUAUCCUCUAAAAACGCCUAAACUGCUGGAGAACGGAGAACUUGUAGAGAAGAGAUGUCAUCCGUAAAACAGUAGAAAAAUCUAUUAGCAAAAGUGCUUAAAGGGAAUUAACAAAUUGGGUCACAGAUUGCAGACACGUAAGCUGUAUUUAAUAUGCAGAAUUUAUCCUUUGGACUUAGGCUACAUUUAAAUUGUUUGCUUUACGAAGCCAAAAUCUUUCAAUCAACAGCCCAAAAUACAUUAAACUGAAUAACCAUCCUAGUUAUUGGGUCAAACUAAAAAAAACGAGGCUACUUUCGUUAAUGUCUGUUUAUCAAACUUUAGCAAUCCGUUUGCAAAUUUUUAAAAAACUGCAUUGAUUUCUGAUCAUGAUUCUGAUUUGCACAGCUCUCGCUCUUUCGUACGCUCUUUCGUCCGCUUUUUCUCCAAAUAUCAAAGUUCUCACUGUCUCUCUCUUUGCCGCUGUACACCCAACAAGAUUUCCCCUACUUUUGCUGAAUUUAACAGGAAAUUUCCCCAGACCACUACGCUCUCUCGAGUAGUUGUUCCCCUUCGUCAGUGACGUCACGGCGAUGCUGGUCUGCUGCUUAUUGUUUCCCAAUCGGACAGCCGCAGUCUAAAGCGCGAGCGAGAGAGGACUAGCAAGCUGGAAAUUCAAUUACCACCACUUUGACGAGCGGCUGUCCAUCAAAGCGAGUCGGACAGGGACGGCCAUAGUGGCGGAGUGACGAAAGGCGACAACACGAGUUCGUCAAAGUGGAAUUGGAUGGCGGCGAGAGAGACAGGCAUAGCGCAGUGGGUGUGUAAAGAGCAAGAGAGUGAGUACUCCUACUGAGUGGCAAAAAUUUGGUUCGUUUUCGAGUGCAAUUGAAUUCGGAUUUGAGUGCACUCAGGGAACAAGCCAGCCAUUACUUAUUUAUUUAUCCGCUACUCCUUGUCACAAUGAAUGAAAAGGAAAAGGGUGCCAAAUCAACACUGUUUAAAUCUAGAAAGAAACCUAACCAGCUAAAUUGGUUAUUCUAAGCAAUAACAAAACAAACGCAACGCAGUAUACGUAAAUCCUUACACUUAAACAAUAACCUUAAUGAUAGAACCAGUUAAUGGUUGCGAUGCAUAUGUAGCCCAAACGAUGAAAUGCAUUGAUUAAAUGUAAAUACUAGCCAAUGGCACUUUCCUUCCAUAAGUCUAAAGAAUAAUGAUAUCUACAUCAAUAUAAAGCCACAGCAACGCAUGUAUACGGAAACAAUUUUAAAACGAUAUAUUCAUACACAUAUUAAACUAUAUAAAACCAAUGUAUAUUAGCAGUUCGAGUCUCAACAAUUACUAAGAACUUUGAGUAUAUAACCUAAGAGUUAAACCUAAGAAAAGGGCAAUCUAUGCAAAAUGUGAACCAUAUUGUCCAAACAAUCACUUUUACCGCCUCUUUCGUCAGGAUAAUUUAUAUCUAUGAUAUAUGGGGAAUAAUGGUUACUAACUAUGUAUACGAAUUGUACUUCAGUUUUUGUGAUAUUAUUUUUAAACAAAGCCACCUGCUUCCCCAUCCCUCGCACCACAACACCCGUUGUAUUUCCCGCAACACCUUCCACCCGCCCCCCGUAUUACUCACUUUAGUUAUACAAACGCAAUAAAUGCAGAAUUCAGAAUAGAAUUAAAACGCAUUUUUCCAACGAUCUAAUUUCCUGAUUUUAAAUCAGUGCACGAAAUGCAGCUCAAUGGUAACUUACCAAGUAGGAAGAGCAAAUAAGGAGUUCAAUAAAAAGUUGUACGUUUGACUCUCCAA